GUGUAAAUUUUCCAGACGUUCGAGGGUUUAUGCUCUUUCAGUUCACUCCCUCUCUCUCUCUGUGUUGGCUUUUGUAUUGAUCUAUCUUCAUUCGGAGUGCGUCGUUGUCGAAAUAAACACGUAAAUUUCGAUCUGGUGCGCGACAGAUAUUCGGCAAAGAUUUGUAAGACCGAUAGGUGAUUGACAAAAGUUUUGGUAAAAUUAUAUCAAUUGAAGAGAAGAUAACAGUGGUGAAUAGUUGUUAGUACGUAUUAGGCUGCAAGCAUAAAAUAAAAUCAAUUGUGCGAGGAAAAACUAACGUUGACCACAACCCCCGUGCAAUCAUAUUAUUGUUAAUCAAUUUAUCGAUUGUUUGGUGAAAUUGAGCGCGCUGCGAGCGACUUGUUGUUAGUGGAAACCCAGGAAAGAAAAGGGUUGGUCAGGAACUGCGUGGCGGAGGGCAAGAAGGGAGAGUUUAUGUCGCGUUUUUGGCUAGACGUUGAAAAUCCAUGCCCCGUGCUUGUGCUUCAUGUGAUUUUUCCCUGCCACCUCUCGAAAACCAAGUGUUGAGGAUGGCGUUUCGUGGGAUCAAGAGGAUUAAUUAGAACCGAGUUUGAACUUAGUGAGAUUGCCAGCAUCACACAUCGUUAAAUGGUUUGAGGUUAAAGCAUCCCCUUAUCAACAUGGAUCUGUGCAAAAGGCGGCUUACUCGCGAAAAGAUGAACCUGGGCCAGUCCACGUACCACUGUUCAAUAUGCUUGGUCCGGGAGAAUCCGGUAGAAACGCUCAGCGGAACCAUGAUCGCAAAGGUCAUCGAACGAGGCCGACCCACGCCGCCGCUUCCGUUGCUCGCAAAGGAAUGCCGCUACAAGGGAAAGGCUUUCACGAGGCGUUUCAAAAGUGAGAAUUACAUGCGCUACAAUUGGCUCUCCGGUUGCGAGUUGGAGAACAAGCUGUUCUGCUGGCCAUGCUUCGUGUUCUCAUCGGAUCCCAGCGAUACCUGGGGCUACAAGGGCUUCGAUGGGUUGAGCAAUUUCAGCAACUCGGUCAAGACCCACAUGAACCAGGAGUUGCACCUGUUGAAUGUCGAAAAGUACAAUUGCUAUGCACCGAAAGAGAAGGCAAUUUUGGUCACUCCAGAUACCGCUGGUCAUCAUUUGGGCAAUCGUCGAAGGUUCGAUGCUGCAGCGACAUUGGUCGCGCCUCCUGUGGAAACUAUGACUGUGGAGGAUGAGGAUGAUGAUGAUUGUGAGAUUAUUCCCCAUUCGGAAGUCCUGGUAGAACUGAUUGAAGGAGAUGAUCCACGAGAACCAGACAGUGAUGCAAGAGAAUCAUGUGACAUGUCUCAGCCAUCCGCUGCCGGAGCGGAAAAGUACCAACUCAAGUGGCAUUCUCACCAACAGAAUCUCAAUUCGUCCAUCUCAUGUCUCUACAGAAAUGAUCGCUAUGCCGAUGUAACGUUGAUAACUUGUAACAAUGAAGAAAAUUUUACGAUACCUGCUCACAAAUUGGUUCUGGGAACUUCCAGCACGUAUUUUGCCAACAUCUUCGACAAGAACAUAACUCCACCCCACGCCAUGACGUACAUUGUCCUUCCGCCGGAACUAACGCGGCGCGCCAUCCAGACGCUGAUCCAGUACAUGUACACCGGCGAAUCGACCGUGUCCGCCGACAUCCUCAACGAGGUGCUGCGGGGCGGAGAAAUUCUGAAAAUCCGUGGCCUAUGGCGUAAUCAGGGCGCCGGAGGGUCUUCCGAUGGGGCUGCGGCCGCAGAACAGCUGGUUCAGAAAAAUUUGGCCGGUCGGCAUCGAACGGAACGCGUCUCGGUGGAUCGGGUUCCGCUGCAAGAGCCCCGACUUGCGCAGAAUCCCAUGCAUGACAGUCCGGUGAUUGUGACGAACUCUGUUAAGAGUUAUGGGAUAAGCCAAAACGCGCAGAUGCCGGCCAGCUCAAGUACCCCAGUGAUAAACGUGAAGAAAGACGUUGCCAUCGAUCCUGGGGAAAGGUGCAGCAGAUCGGAUGGUCAGUACGAAGGUCACUCAUCAGGAGUGAAGCGGUCUCUGCCUCAGUCUGUGAAUCAGGAAAACAACCAUCAGGAUCUCAGGCAGCACAGCACACAUAAAGCUUCCCCGUCGAGGACCGCACUGGUGAGCGCGGAGGAUGUUCCGGCCGGAAGUUCCAUGCCGGAAGCGUUGAAUUUCCUGAACGUUAAAGAGGAGCCGGUCGAGUGGUCUGACGUGAACGCGGAAGAAAUCCAACUGGGAAGAAAAGAUUUAUCAAUGGUAAAGGUCGAGAUGAAGGAAUCAGGUAGUACUGCCGACGAUUGUGGGAGUCAAGACCAGGAACAGAUCUAUUCUCCGUUGACGUGUGAGCUGUGCAGUGAAACAUUCACCGUUCCGGCCGAAUGGGUACGCCAUAUUGAGAGUCACACCGAUCCUCCACAUACAGUUGCGAAGCGACGCAGACGUGUCGAAGAUAACGACGAUGCCGACAUUACCGCCGCGCUCAAGUGUGAUCUGUGUGCAAUGUACUUUGUAACCCCGGCCGAGUGGGUUCGCCACGUGCAGAGUACCCACACCGAAACGGAACUCGCAAUGUCAAACAACAGUAGUACCACCAGCACAUCUCGCAGAAGCACGAAACCGGUCGUCCCGUCAGAACAACAUCCGAUGGUGUCGACCAGCUUGGCGACCACUUCCACGCAACAGCAGCAAUCGCAAGAGAAGGCCUGUCCGAUUUGUAACAAAAGUUUUCCCUCGUACGCAUCCAUGAUCAUUCACAAGCGGACUCACACAGGAGAGCGACCAUUCUACUGCGAUAUCUGCAACAAAGGCUUCAACGUGAAAUCCAACCUCCUUCGGCACAUGCGAACUCUGCACAACCAACAGGGCAGUCAGUCUCCCGGAGGCGAUCCGGACAGCCACGGUUCAGAUUAGUUACUCGGAGCCAACACGGAACAACUUUCAAGUUUUCUCUUUUUAACAAGACUUUAUAAACGAAAAAAAUAACACACACACCCACACAGUUAAUACAAACAAGAGUAAGUGUAGUUUUGUAUUUUUAUACCGAUACGUUUAACCUUCCUUUUUGUACAACACCGUUUGGACAAGUAUAAGCUAAGUUGUGCUUGGUCAUAUUUGAACAAUUAUAUGUCGAAUCGAAACAAAGAAACAAAAAAUCUUCUUGCAGAACGGAAUCCGUUGGAUUUCAAAGUGAUACUGAAAAACGGGGAAAUGAUUGGAUUGUUUCUUUCAAACCAUAAUUGUAAUAAAACUAAGUUGUUUUUUGCAAAACACCAUGAAUACAAAUUUUGAUUUUAAGUAAUAAA